AUGUGCGGAGAACUUCCGGGCAACUCUUUCCUGUAUCACAAUCAUCGACACCUUCCCCUCCAGUGGUCAAGUCAGGAUGAACAGUAUGAUACUGUUGUGGCAAUCGUCUGCGACGUCCUACGGGUUUGGCUUCAAUUUCCUGAUGACAACACAAGGUACCAAGCAUGGUUCGUUCGAUCUAUAGUGGAUUGUUGGGGCGAUGGCGCUCUGUAUCUUCACGCCACUUGGAAUGUCUUUCGUGUUGUCACUCGGGGUUCCUUGGUGAAAACAACGCGACGGGUUUUACGGCCUAAUCAUAUGGACCCUUUCGUUGACCUUCUUCUCGAUCAUCCUUUGUCCCUCAAACAACCUGUGACUUUGGAGUCGAGAACAUUGCAAUGUAUUGCUUCAACCUUGGAUGCUGUCAGCAAAAGCGUCUUGCACCCCCAAGAUACAAACGUCACCUUGCCACGUCAGUUGGCAGACACCGCCUCUAAUCACGUUCAACAAUAUAUCUGGUUUAUGGGACAAGCCUGCGAUAUCUUGUUGAAUAAAGUUGACUCCAACUCUGCGGUACUUCCCCUUCAGGGAACAUGCUCCCUCGAGGUUAAAUCUGUCUUUCGAGGAAUAACAUUCGGCAGUGACUUUUCCCGAGCUGGCCCUGUCACCUUCAACUCCUUCAACGAUUGGAAGAGCGCUACACAAGGCUUGUUGGCAGAAAGUUUCUGUUGUCAGUCUGCUUAUGGUGCCCUUGGUGCCUACUUGCUUGCUGCAGAUUACGCAUAUGCAGGCGCUUUCACGUGGCCCUCUUCCAAUGACAUCUCAGCUGUCAUUCGAUCCAUCAACAAAGGUGCCGCUUCGGGUCUUCAGCGAAUGGGUUUUGUUACUCGCACCAGGACAAAGAAACCUGGAAUGGACGGUAUUCGAAAGGGCGUCGACUGCGCGCGGGAAUGGAUCUCCGUAGAGCUAAUACUCCGUGAAGGAGAUCCUGCAAUUGUGAACGAUAUAGUAGUGGAGCAUUCUCUCUGCAAGCUCAUGCAUGAUGCGGGCAAUUAA